AUGAGAGCUGAGCUAACGGCCGAGCUAGACACUGCUAGAUACACAAACAAGUCUUCACUAGGAACUGGCUUUGAGAGCAGGGGAGGUGAAGUGAGGGCUAUUGCUCUGCCUGUCAGACUUUGUAUUUCCUUCCCUGUCGAAUGUGACUUCAUCUCGAGAAUGACCUUGAUUUGGCGUGGGUGUGCCUCGAUACCUUGUUGA